AGCUUGACUGGAGGGUUUCUCUGCCUGGUGUGGGAUUCACAUCCUAACGCUCAUGUGGUAACAUCCAGCAUCGCUUGUCUCCCCCUGCACGCUGGCCUGAUUCCAGGGAUUUGAAGUAGACAAGAGAAACAGACAGAGAUAGAGAGUGCAUAUACGCUGGAGAGAGAUAAGACAGAGGGGUAAAGAAAACUGUUGAAAAGGCAUCAAGAAGAACCAGUGGUUUAUCAACUGACUGAACACUACAAAUCCACUAACAUGGCAGCCAUGGAAGCCCUCCAAUCCACAAGUGCCUUGCUGGAGCCUCAAACCCUCACCGAGAUCUCAGACGAUGAGGUCAACCUUCCACCCUCAGAUGAUGAAGACGAUGCCCUUGCCGCAGCCAAGAAAGAGAUUUCCAUCAUGGGUACAGAUGGGGACGCGGCGGAAGACAAGGACAACGCAGUGAAGCUGGACACCCAGGUGAACGGGGUCAUGGUGCUGUCUUUGCUUGAUAAGAUCAUCGGGGCGGUGGACCAGAUCCAGCAGACCCAAAGCGGGCUGGAAGCCAGGCAGCAGGAGAUGGAGCGCUCGGUGACCAACAUUCAGGGCGAUCUAACCAAACUGUCCAAGAGUCACAGCACCACGUCCAACAGCGUCAACAAGAUGAUGGAGAAAGUGCGCAAGGUGAGCAUCAACGUCAAGACUGUGCGGGCCACCCUGGAGAAGCAAGGAGGCCAGAUCAAGAAACUGGAGAGCAACGAGGCUGAGCUGCUCAAGAGACGCAACUUUAAAGUCAUGGUCUACCAGGAUGAAGUGAAGGUUCCCUCAAAACUAAGCAUCUCAAAAUCCAUGAAGGUUUCUGAGUCUUUGUCAGGAAGCAAAGGAGGCAGCCUACUGGAGCUCAAGGAAGCUGUGGAAGAGGAGGAGAGAGGAGAUGGAGAGAAGGAAGACAAACCCCAUGUAGACCUCUCAUCAGAUGAAGAGGGGGUGGAGAUCGAGGAGACCAUUGAGGAGUCUCGUGCCGAGCGCAUCAAGCGAAGCAGCCUUCAGCGCGUACAAACCCUGAAGACGGUCUUCUCAAAGGAGAAGAUGGAUAAGACCAGAGCAAAGACCAAAGAGAACCUGGAGAAGACAAAGCAGAAAACCAAGGAUAAUCUGGAGAGGACAAGGCAGAAAACUAAGGAUAAUUUAGAGAAGACCAAGCAGAAGACCAGACAGAACCUGGAGAAGACACGUCACAACAUUGAGAAGAAGAUGGGGAAGCUCGGAACAAGGAUGAGCGUCAACCCUGAGCACAAACAGAAGAUCCAGACAUCCCGUGACAAGGUGAAGAAGGCCUUCACGCCAGACCAUGUUGUUUAUGCCCGGUCCAAGACUGCUGUGUACAAGGUGCCCCCCUUCACCUUCAAAGUCAGGAAAGUCCGCGAAGGCGCAGUCGAGGUGGUCCAAGGCACAGAGAUGGUGGAGGUGUCCCAGGAUGCUGAUCCCUUCAGUGGAGUGGAGGAGGAGGUUGAGGAGGGUGCAGUAGAGGUCGAGAUGGAGAUGAUGAAUGGAGGUGGAGAUGAGGAAGAGGCUGAGGAGGAUGAAGAGGACGACAGCCACGAUGCUCUGCAGGAGAAUGAAGACAGAGAUAGAGACAGUGACUAGACAAAGAAUAAGGAAUUUCCUGACGUAAUCCCUGAGGUUCUUUUGUAAAAAUUGAAUAAUUGUGGGGAUUUGGAAGAUUGCUACAGAGUAAUUAUGGUUGAUUACAACUUGGGUCUCAUUUUUUGUUAACAUUUUGGCCAUCAUUCCUAUCAGUUAUGAUAACUUUGUACUCAUAAGUCAUUGCUGAGAGCUGGGAACAUUGUCUCAUCGCUACAAAUUUGACUGGUCAUUCAUACAAUCUUACAGGUGGUUAGCCAGCCAUCAUUUAGUCUAGAUGAUCUAAUCCACUUUAUUUGGACGUAACAUUUAAAAGGGAUGACCUAAACUGUCAGUCAUAAUCUUUCAUCAUACAGGAAAAUAGUGU